UUUCCACAGUAUAUCAUCAUUCCAUCUUCGAGCACCGUUGUGAACACAUCAAAAAUAAAACAAAUAAAAUUCCGAUGAAAAACACCUAUUGGAAAUAGCUUUUUUGUUGUGGACACACGUGAAUUGGCUCCCCGUAGUGUUUCUUUCUUCCUCUCUUCCAUCCUACCUUUGGUUUAUCUUUAAUUCGAUCCGACCCGUCAACGGCUCCAAAAUGUGCUGCAAUCCCGGAGGCUGCUGUAAUCUGCCAACUUGCAUCCAGUGCACCAACUUUUGUUUUAACUGCUGGACUGGAACUGCCGCCGUGCCAUGUUGCCGAAGAAGUUGCAUUCCUGGAUGCUGUGGCAGUCCAAGGUGUCGUUGCUAAAAAAAAAUCUACAUAAAUUUCUGUGACUAAACUUUUAAUAACAAAUAAAACAAGACUAAAAGAAAAUUAAA